CGUCACUACCCGGCGUGCCGCGCGCGGCGCUUCCCCCACCCACUAAUGUUUUGGCCGAUUCAAGAUGGCGGUGCAGGAGUCAGCUGCUCAGCUCUCCAUGACCCUGAAGGUGCAGGAGUACCCGACCCUCAAGGUGCCCUACGAGACCCUGAAUAAACGCUUUCGGGCUGCUCAGAAGAACAUUGACCGAGAGACAAGCCACGUCACCAUGGUGGUAGCCGAGCUGGAGAAGACUUUGAGCAGCUGCCCAGCCGUGGACUCCGUAGUCAGCCUCUUGGACGGCGUGGUGGAGAAGCUCAGCGUCCUCAAGAGGAAGGCCAUGGAGUCCAUCCAGGCGGAGGAUGAGAGUGCCAAGCUGUGCAAGCGCAGGAUUGAGCACCUCAAAGAGCAUAGCAGCGACCAGCCCGCAGCAGCCAGCAUGUGGAAGAGGAAGCGCAUGGAUCGCAUGAUGGUGGAGCACCUGCUGCGCUGUGGCUACUACAACACAGCCGUGAAGCUAGCCCGCCAGAGCGGCAUCGAGGACUUGGUGAACAUCGAGAUGUUCCUGACGGCCAAAGAAGUGGAGGAGUCCCUGGAGAGGCGUGAGACUGCCACCUGCCUGGCCUGGUGCCACGACAACAAGUCCCGUCUGCGCAAGAUGAAGGGCCGCCAAAGCGAGCACGACGUGAAGACGGGACGGAAAAGUAGAGUGGCCAGUGGCUCCCCUAAAGAGAGUGAGGAUCUUGGUAUGGAAACCAUAAAAGGAAAGCCAGAAUUGAGCUGCCUGGAGUUCAGCCUAAGGAUUCAGGAGUUCAUUGAACUCAUCCGGCAGAACAAGAGACUAGACGCCGUGAGACAUGCAAGAAAGCACUUCAGUCAGGCUGAGGGGAGCCAGCUGGACGAGGUCCGCCAGGUCAUGGGCAUGCUGGCCUUUCCACCAGACACGCACAUCUCCCCGUACAAGGACCUGCUGGACCCGGCCCGGUGGCGGAUGCUCAUCCAACAGUUCCGAUAUGACAACUACCGGCUGCACCAGCUGGGGAACAACUCUGUGUUCACCCUCACACUGCAGGCUGGCCUCUCGGCGAUAAAGACACCACAGUGCUACAAGGAGGAUGGCAGCUCCAAGAGCCCUGACUGCCCCGUCUGCAGCCGCUCCCUGAACAAGCUGGCACAGCCCCUGCCCAUGGCCCACUGUGCCAAUUCCCGCCUGGUCUGCAAGAUCUCGGGUGACGUGAUGAAUGAGAACAACCCGCCCAUGAUGCUGCCCAACGGCUACGUCUACGGCUACAACUCUCUGCUGUCCAUCCGCCAAGAUGACAAAGUCGUUUGCCCGAGGACCAAAGAAGUGUUCCACUUCUCCCAAGCCGAGAAGGUGUACAUCAUGUAGGCUGGGCCGCCCCGCGUGCCCCUGCCUGCCUGCGUUUCUGUUUCUUGCGACCAAAGAUCAGUGAGCGACGAUGGGUACUCCAAGGAAGGGAGGGUCGGGUCCGUACGCCCGUGCUAGGGGACAGCCAUGCCGCUGCUAGGACUCUGAAGCGCGUGAGCUACUGGAUGCCUUCCCCUUUCAGAGAGACCUUCCCGCCGCCUAGGGAGCUUCGGCCGCUUGGGAAACAGGAGUCGGUGAUUUCCCGCGCCCCCGACCCCGCCUCCGCCCGCCCUGGUGGCCGUCCUCAGCUGGGCCCAUGGGGCUGCACCUGUGCCGCCGCCAGGCGGGCUUAGGGUGUGCUAGGUUCAAUGUCACGUCAUUCGUGCCGCCUUAUUUCCUGCUUGAGAAUGUAUUCACGUGGAAAUCCACUGGACCGAGUUCUGCAGAGGCCUUGCCGACGGCUCCGUAACUGUAGAGCGAAUGCUGUUCGUUACAGAAACUAGUAGUUCAGUCCAAGUAACCACCGAUGACUUUUCAAAUCCAAUGAACCAUUGUAGUUUACACAAAACCAUACCGUAGAGGUUUGUAUUUAGCGCUUAUUUUUGCAUGUUGAUGUUGAUUAGCUAAUAAACUGUAAAUGUAAAACCUGUUAAUAAAAGGGUUUUCUAUUUCUUA